AUGUCAAGAAGAGGUCAAUAACCACCACCCUAACAACAAUAAGCCCCACCACAAAAAAAUUAAGCUGGCAAAUUCAACCCAGCCGAAUUUGUUAAGCCUGGAUUGACCGAAGAAGAAGUCUUAGAAAUAAAAGAAGCAUUCGACUUAUUUGAUACAGAUGGUACUCAAUCCAUUGAUCCAAAGGAAUUGAAAGCUGCAAUGACCUCAUUAGGAUUUGAAGCCAAAAACUAAACAAUUUAUCAAAUGAUUAGUGAUUUGGAUACUGAUGGAAGUGGACAAAUUGAUUUUGCUGAGUUUUUGAAAUUGAUGACUGCUAGAAUCAGCGAGAGAGAUUCCAAAGCUGACAUUUAAAAAGUCUUCAACCUUUUCGAUUCAGAAAGAGCUGGAGUUAUCACUUUGAAGGAUCUCAGAAAAGUAGCUAAAGAAUUAGGAGAAACCAUGGAUGAUUCUGAAUUGUAAGAGAUGAUUGAUAGAGCUGAUUCUGAUGGAGAUGCUUAAGUGACCUUUGAAGAUUUCUACAAUAUAAUGACCAAAAAGACAUUUGCAUGAUUGAAGUCAUUAAUAAUAAAUAAAAAUAAGUAAAAUUCUUCAUCA